GUGGAAACCGGUGCGCAACGUGCGAGCGGAACGCUGUCCAAUUCAAACACAAGUACGAGUCGAAUGUCAAUAUUCACAGCGCUAGUAAUCUAUUUAUAUCCAAACACAUAAAAGGAAAAUGUGUUUCGUGUUUAAUUAGUCAUCGUUGAGAUUUCGCUCUUUCAGACGCUCUAUACACUACAGUGUGAAGCCAUACACGUUGGUUGAGGGCCUCAUUCGUGGAAAACCGUUAGUGAUCACAAGAAAAAUGGCGGAAAAUUAAAUGCGCCGCAUACUCACAUGUUCUGAAGAAAAUAGUUGAAAGUGAGAAGCCUGAGACCAUGUUUCGAACGAAGCAAGACGUCGAUGGACAUGCUGCAAAUGUGCUGGGAAGAAUCAAGAAUGAAAAGGAGAAAAACUCAAGAGGCUACCAGAUAGCAAGGCUGUAUUUUUCUGUGUCUGAAUAUGAGGUUGCUAAAAGGUACCUGUCAUCAUUCCUGAGUGUGAGGGAGACGGUGCCUCAGGCACACAAGCUCAUGGGACACAUCUUCCUUAAGACAAAUGAAAAGGAAAAGGCUUUGGAAUGUUACAAGAGGGCCCUGGAGCUUGAUGGCACUCAGAAAGAUUUGAUCAUCAAAAUUUGUGAGCUGUGUACACAGGUAGCAAUGGAUCCAGAGCGAACUCGGUUCUGGCUGGAGAAGGCAGAGCAAACCUGCCCCGGAAAUGAUGUUAUCUUCAGACUGAGGGAGAUGAUAGCCCAGAACAGCGGUGAUGAAAACUUCAAGGAACUAGAAAAGCUCAUCAUAACAGAAUUGACACAACGCCCAGACGAUGUAAGUCUACGAGUGAAGCUGCUACACUUGUACCUGAAGUCAGGGAGGCUUGACCAUGCUUACAAUGUGGCUGUCCAGACUGACCGCACCAUGGCUUUCACAGACAGUCCGGAGUGGUAUGAAACUCUUCUGGAUGUCUACUAUGCGUACAAAGGGAAGAAUGGUUGCCGUGGAGACCUUGGGUUCUACACUCAGUUCCUGCACACUCUGAGGAAUGUUGUGUACCUGCGUCUUUGUUACAGAGAACUUAUUGCUUGUGCUGAGAUUCUACACCAGUUUGACCAAGUGCUUCAGGAAGCUGUACAGAUUCCUAAGCAGCAGGAUGACUGGAUGUCAUUCCUAACUGAGAUGACCGGCCAGUUCUUCUUCUCCUGUGGCACACUGUUGCUGAAAAGAGCCCAGAAGGGUGUACUGUCGUGGAAGGAUGUGAUCCCCCAGGCUUCAGUGUGCUAUCUUCUCAACAACUCCAUCCUCACCAUAGACUCACGAUCUGAGUGGUUUGUGUCAGCGAGCAUGGAUAAGAAAAGCAUGUAUGAUCAUCUGCACAUGAUCAGCAACUUCCGGCGCAGCCAGGGAGGCCACACCUUACAUGCACUGGGUAAAGGAGACACGGCAACAUGGGCUCAGAAACUGAGACAGCAAUAUUGCACACAACAAGGUCGAGAGAAGCUUUACGACACCCUCUUUACCCAGCCGGAUAUGAGAGCAAAGAAAGAUAGUUCCUACCUGAUGAAGAACCAGAUCUACGAGGAAAGUGUACUCUUGUUUCCCACCCGGCCCCAGAUGCGAUCCUUUGACUUAGGCUGCUACAGGCUCCACCCACACAGUCUUACCAGCUUCAUCUGGCUAGCCCUCCAACGGUACUCCUGUAAAGACAAGGCUCAGCCUUACUACGGCUUUGACAUCUUUGAGAAUUGUGUGUACAGUGUAAAAAACAUGUUUGUUGGUGGCGCCGAGUCCCUGUGUCAGCUGGACACAGAUGUGUUUCUGAUUGCUUCAGUUCGCUGUGCAGCAUUGAGACACCAGGAGAUGAUUCACAUGGGUCACACUGACCCCACACAGCCGGACUUUCUACCCCUGUGUCUGACAAAACCACUUUGUUCUCAGGAGCAGGCAGACUGGUGGCUGGCAGCUUAUAAAUUCCAUAUAAACACAGUCAAGGACAACUUUUCCAAGAUGCGUCACACCCUGCAGAGAGGGAUAGAAACUGUCCGUCUAGUGGCUAGUCACGGGAUGUCCGUCAACCUGAUCAUCCACAUAGCCAGAUCACUAGAGGUGAAGGCCACGGAGAUGAAGCAGUUGGGGUCGGAGUUGACAGUGAAGGCAACUGACACUGAGACCAGAGCAGAGUUCUACUGGGGACAGGCACUGGAAAUGUUGAACAGACUCGAAAAGAACCGGAACCCCCCCAGUGCCAAAGCACCGACUGUUCAAGGAUGACACAGACCAGGACCUGGAUGAAGCCAUCACCAAAGUGUUGAUGUCUGAGGUCCAGUAUGCCGUUGGUUGUUCAGCCAUGAAGAAGCACAAGCAUGAGG